AUACAAAGUCAAGUGAGCGCUGCCAGUCGGUUCAGUGCAUGCGUUUCAAAUGGCAGCAGUCUGGUAACACUGCGCUUAUAUUCGAUUAUUCGAUGCCAGACGAUCAUAUGCAUCGCCGCUUAAAAUCAAUUGCGCUGUAAGAAUUUAAGUUGCAUUUGCGAACUUCCAAAGGAUUUGAUCAACAGUUUUACACAAUGGCGCCAAUUGCUCAAAAGCAAAUAGUUCCCGCCAAAACGCGCGCUCAGACCCGCAAUGCAACAACAACAAAGUCCACAUCCAAGCAAAAGGAUGCGGAGGAGGAGGCAACCAAUUUGCCAACAAAGCGCAGGAUGCGUCGCGCAAAGAACUCCAGCGAAAACUGCGAGGAUCAACUGCCAAGUCCAGUUAAAACAACUUCAAAGAGAAUACAAGCCCGGGUGAGCGCGUCCAGCGUGGGCAGCGACUCUCCCAAGCGCAAAAAGGCGACAAUUGCAACUACUUCGCAGAGGUCACUGAGACGACCGAACGUGUCCAACGUGGGCGGCGAUUCACCCAAGCCCAAGGGGAACAACAAAAAGGAGAUCAAAACGACUGCUUCGGAGACGAUAGUUACCCGACUGAGCGUGUCCAAUAUGGGCAGCGAUUCACCCAAGUCUAAGAAGAACAAAAAGGAGGCAACAGUAACUACUUCGCAGAGGAGACAAGCACGUCUAAACGUGUCGAGCGCGGACAACGAUUCACCCAAGCCCAAGAAGCACCACAUAAAAGAGACAAUUACAACUGCUUCGGAGAGGAUACCUAUCCGACUGAGCGUGUCCAAUGUGGGCAGUAAUCCAGCCAAGUCCAAGAAGAAGAACAAGGAGAAUAUAAAUGCCAUGGCCGUCCAAUCAAAACAGUGCUCAUCCGAAAGAGUCUCCCAUAACAACAACAACUACAUAGGCAUAGAGCCGGAGCUGGAUUCCCAGCAAGAUUUGGCGCGCAGAUGCGAACUGCUGAAGGCGCUGUGCGUCACACUGGAUAAGCAUGCGGAGCAGCCGCAGCAGCCGUCGGCGACGGGCUACACGCACGCUGAUUUAGAGCAGUUCCUCACGAGCUCCACACUCAAGGAAACAUUCCCAUUUGCCUAUCACAACAAGAAGAAGGACACUGCGCAGCUCAUUCAGCAACUGAAUAGCGCCAUAAACAAACUGACCGACGUGCAGCCGGAUCAGCUGCUCGAUCUGUACCAUUUGGCCAUCCUGAUGCAGAGCUAUCAACCGCUGGACACGCAUUGCCAGGGCCAACGCUGCGAACUGUUGCAGACGGUCGGCCAACUGUCGGUGGAGCUGCCAGCGGUAUAUGUUGAAUACUUUGGCAUCAGCCUGUGCGAUAGAUUCGUAUUUGGCACUGGCAGGGAGCGCAUGCAAAGGGUCAUCGAUAUGCACCGAGCUCUGGUGCUGCUCAUCAAUGAUCGCGAUGUCAAUCGUGGCAUUGCGAUGACCAUCCUGCUGGCCACGUUCGCCAAGAUCUCGGGCAUGGACAUGCCCAAACCCCAGACUGAUAUUAUUAGCCAAGCAUUCGAUAUGGUGAAGCACGUGGACUGGAUGCAACUGAUCGUUGCUCGCCGCGAAGCGGAUAUGUUUGUGCUGGUGCGCUGUUUCGCAUUGAUCAUAAACACGCACCACAAUCGCUUGGCGCACGCCAACUGGAACAAGGGCCUGGGCAGCGAGAUACACAAAUAUUUCAUGCAGGUCUUGCGCACAGUGCGCUUCUCCAGCAACUAUAAUGCCUUUGCCAUGAUGGUGGAACGUUUUAUUGCUUUUUGUGUUGUACGCGGCGCUGCGGCGAGCUUUUCUGGAACAGAUGUGUUUGACACCGGAUCUCUAUAAUUUCUGAGCUGCUGAAAACUGAAAAUCCCUCCAAAUAUUAUUUAUUUUUUAACAUUA